CUAAUAUUCUCAAGAAUUGUUACGGAAGGAUGGUCCGCAAAAGACUGCUCGUGACCUAAACCCUGACGCUUAGCUAGUCGCUGCCAUUCAUUCGCAUUAGCCUAACUUAUUAUAAUCCAGCAACUGUAUAACAUUCAGGCCAGCUGAGGUCGGGCCGGGCAAACCCGGUGGCUCUUGAAAAUGCACACUCCGCCCCCGGUUCUGAGCAAAGCGCUUAAUACUCAUAAUUAUCGCAAGGAGCAGCACGAGACAACCUCGGGAGCCAAAAAUCCGACUUCUAUAUUGGGGCGCGCUGCAGAAAGCCUCUACAAUGCGCGCCAUGGCCUUGCGCGCCUGUUUGGUGCUGAGUCUGGGGAUGACCCGGGCGCGGCGACAAAGCCUCCGGCCGACCUGCUGGGGGAGCCCGGCGCCGCGAAGCCGUCCCCAGGCUCUGAGGACCCGUCCGUAUCGCCAGCACAGCCCGGCCGCGGGCGACAGCGGCGUGGGAGUGUAACCACGUACACCCUCAAUCUGCCUGGUUCAGGCGGCUCGGUGGAGCGCGAGGUCCGGCGGCUGGCGGGGUACGACGGCGCCACGAUGGGGCCGAGUGUGGUCUCACGGCGCAGCCUGGAGAUGAUGCCGGGGCCGAGCUGCUCGUAUGACCAUGUGCAGAAUGUCAAUGGCGGUGAGAAAGGGAAGGCCGGCGAGGACAACAGUGACAAUGAAAACGACGACGAGGACGAAGACGAGGCAUACACGUUUCAGGGCAGCAAGCAGCAGCAGCAACAGCAGCAGGCCGCGGCGGCGGCGGCGGCCGCUUCCUCCUCUGGCGCGAACGCAGUGCAGUGGCGGGCGAGCAGCCACGACGCGGUAUCAGCCGGAGCCUUGGCGGCAGCCGAGGCAUUAAGCGGCACCAUGGAAGUGGCCGACUUCGCGUCGAGCCUCAACCCCACGGAGUCCAGCGUACUGACGGACGCAAUACCCACGAGGCUCGGCGGACUGGGCGGCAUCAGCAUGAGCCGCAACGCACCCCUAGCAGCCGGCGGCGGCGCCCUGACGCACCGCGGCAACACUGCCAACCACCUCGCCGUGAACGUGCCCAGCGGGCCCGCGGGGUCGACGGGGCAGCUGGGCUUGUUACGUGACCGCAAGGGCGUCGGCGGCGUCAGCAAUAACGACUCCCAGCGUUUCACGGGCGACGGCUACGCGUCUUCGCCGGGGCCCAUGAGCCCGAUGACGCCAUAUGGGUCGGCUGGCGCGUUUGCGAGCGGGAUGGCAAACGCCGGCACGCACAGCGGGUCGGCUACGCCGCUGCAUGGCGCCAGCCCGGGCGCGAGCGCAAUCCCACGCCUGCCCAACCUGUUGGCUUCGGCGCCGAGCCGGGCAGGCUCCAAGGGGCAGAUUGUCACAGGGUCCGUUGGCGCGCUGGCGGCAUCCAUCAUCAGCCCCGGCGGCGGCGGCGGCACAGAUUCGCGGCCGGGCACGGGCAGCCGUAUGCGCGGCGUCUUUGCGGCGGUGUCAGACCCGAACCUGUUGGUGUUGGACGCACACGGCUCGCCCGGACACUCUGGUGGCGGGCGCUGGUACCAGCAAGACACCGGGGACUUUGACUCGGUGCUUGCCAGCGGCGAGGAGGCGCUCAUGGCGGCGCAGCGCGGCGGCGUCGGCGGCUCCAUGCAGGACGACGGGUACGGCUACGGCGGCGACGCCGUACACCUGCCGCAGCUGGGCAACGUGUUGCCGGACCGCACCGAGCUGCAGUUGCAGGAGCUGCGCAAGUUCAAGGCCAACCUGGACGACCACAUCAGCAAGGAGCGGCAGGCGCUGGUGACGGGCCGUGUGCGGCGCAGCAGCGUGCUUGAGGAGCUGGCGGGCGGUUCACAGCAGCCGCGCUGGCAGAUGACCUACAACCCCGAGGCCGCGGCCUCGCACGCCAAGCUGGGCAGUGUUGAUCCCAACCGCAAGUCGGAGAUGGAUAACGCACGCCUCGCACGCAUUGCCAAGGACAGCAAGAGCCCGGCCAUGUCGGCCGCGUCCGCGUCGCCGGUGGUCGCGCGCGCACGGCGCCUGUCCACCGUUAUAGCGUCCUAGAGAACAAUGUCCUGUGGUAGGGCAUUUCAUUGUUGACAAGUCGUUGGUGGCUGCUGUCGCUCACACUUGCUGAACUGAGACGAUGCAUGCCGCACUGUAUCUGUGUAUCAUAAAUAAAGCCACACUGAGGAUCCGAGACCGGCGAGGACGAGAGCUCACGAGUGACUGUAGCGUUCAAUGCCGUUUCCAUGGGAUGGCUUGCUGAUACGACCGGAGUGCAUUGACGAUUGCCCUGCAUUUACAGUUAGGCACUUCCGUGAUGCCCUGUAAGGCAUAUGGGACAUGGGGUCAGCGGCGCUGGUGCCGAGACGACGCCAGUGUGCAGCGACUUCUUGGAGAGUGAGAAGUACGGGACUGCUGUUUAUUCAGAGCAAUGCACAUUGACCGGGCGCCGCACGAAUUGCGCCUUACUACCGCGAGAAAGAAGAGUUGCAAUGAUUGACCGGUUGCACUUGAAUAUGAUGUUAUAGGCGGCCCCUGUAUAGGCACCCUGGGAAGUGGUUAUUGUUGAUCAGGGGCGUGAGGUAUGGGGGGCGAGUGGGGCCUGCUUACAGCGGUGUCCGUCUUGCGUGAUGCAGCGGCUCAGCAUUAACUGACACUUGGGCAACCUGGCCCAGGACACCAGUUUUUGCCCGAGAGGAAGGGGACGGCUAUGCAAGUUAUUACCUUGUGUCCUUGUGCUCUCUGACCAUGUGUGCUGUGUCCUAUAGCGUGUGGCUAGCGUGUGAAUGCAAUCCGGGACUACGGCCGGGAGCGCAUAGCAUGCUGCAAUAAAGGGAGAGGGCGCCACGGGCGUGGCUGCGAUGAGGACCGCUUGCCUGUAGCGUGUGUUUUACA